AUAAAUGACAGCCUUCCCAUCUCCUGCGUUUCUUGCAGAAGAAAGAAGAUCAAAUGUAACAAAUUGAAGCCAUGCAACCAGUGCAUUAAAAGAUCGAUCCCGUGUCACUUCCCUUCCACCUUCCGGAAUAUCCAAAUUAAUGAAGAUGACUUGACCUCAUUUGACAACGAGGACCUGAAGCAUAUCCUAUCAUCCAAUUUGCGUCAAGAACUCGAACUUUUCAGAGUCGCCAAUCUCCAACUUAUUGAAUCGAAUAAUAAAUUGCAGUGUGAGUUAAACAAGCUUAGCACUCGAUUGGAAGGUAGUAAUACUGUCAAAGAUACAAAGGAAUCUUCAAAUAAGGGUAUAGAGAUUUCGGGCGAAACCACUGAAGAAGGUGAAAAGUACUAUGGACCGCAAUCAUCAAGCUUUAUGAUUGAGUCAUUGAAAAGACAAAAAUCUGGUUCUGAAGAAAGCCAGUCUCAACCCCCCGUCGAAGCGCGCCCAGAAAAACAUAACUUGGUUGAACAGAGUCUUGCUAAAAAACGUCUCCCACCUUUAUUGUAUGCAUUGCAUAGAUUUGAUGAUCCAGAUAUCAGUUCUGACUCUGAAACUUGGGCCGAUCUCCAAAAACAAAACUUUAAUGUUUUAGUGAAAUUGGUGAACUUGUUCUUUGAUAAUAACCGUUACUAUGAAACUUUUAUUUCUAGAACAAAAGUAUUCGAAUUUUUGCACAGUUAUCAGGAUAUCAAGGACAUGGAGUGGGAAAAUGAUGAUGAUUUAUUACUCUUCUAUAUGAUCUUACUACUUUCUUUGCAAAAGUUGACUCCGUCAGAAUUUAUCGAGUUGAACCUAAUCCCUCAACCUGCCAUUCAAGCUUUAAACAAGUUCAAAAAUUACCUUUCAAAAAAUGUCUUGUAUCACAGUUUUGAAAAGUUGAGACAUAAUUUACUCAAUGAGUCAAUUAUCACUGUUCAAGCCUACAUCUUGUGCACUGAAUGGUAUUUCAUAGAACAAAGAUACGAAGAGUGUUGGUCUAUGAUGUUUCACUGUUGUGGAAUUGCUUACUCUAUCGGUUUGCACGUUAUGGGACAAUUCAGAUCUAUAAAUUCGACUUCCAAGAACAAUGAUUUAAAUGACGAAGAUGACGAAGAGAUGGACAUAUUUAGAUUCAAAGUAUUUUUUGCGCUCAAAAGCUUGACGGGUCAAAUUUGUUCAAUUUUAGGAAGGCCAAAUCCUAUAUCCAUUCAGGUCAACUCGAUAGUUCUCAAGAGUUCACCGUUGAGCAGUAAUCAAUCAAACAUCAAUAUGAAUAAGAAUAAGACUCAAGCCCUAUUAAAGAUUGGUUUGAGUGAGUGUUUAAGACUUUCCAAUUCCAUGUUGAUUGAAAACUUUAUGAUUGAUUUCACAAUUGAUGAUCUCUUAAAUUUGAACAAAAAAUUCGAACAGGAAAUUGAAUUGCUAGAAUGGUUCAUUAGUGAUGAAUAUUUAAGCGAUGAAGAAGAAUCCAAGGAUAAUGAGGGCGAUUUGCUCAAGAUUGACAAAACCAACAUUUUGAUGGAUCUUAUUGUAUUGCAUAUCAAUAAGGCUAAGCUUUUCGAACCUUUCGUCAAUAAAUUUGAAAAAAUCGAUCAGUAUGACUUAAUCAUAAAGAACUUGAUUCAUUCAAUUUUGAAGUUCUUGGAAUUGCUCAAUUAUUUCAUCGAGAACUUCUUGAAUAUGUUUGUUGAAAAAUAUUUCCACUAUCAUACUAGAUUAGGUGGUUCAGACUUAAGUGAGCUGAUCGACGAUAAUUUCGGAAAGUUAUUCAGAAUCUAUUUCCCAUUUUUGAAUUCCUCAAUCUACCAAGGCAUUAUCGUUGUCUUCACCUUUUUGCACUACAAGUUUCAGGAAUUUGUUGUCAACAAGGAUAAGACUGAUACUAUGAUCAACAAUGAGUUCUUGAAAUUAUUAGAAUUAAACUUCAAUUCUUUAUUGAACUUUGACAGAAGAAUCUCGGGGAUUCUCAAUUCCAUCACAAAAUUGUGGCCUUCAAAUGUUGCCUAUUUGAUGCAUAAAGUGUUGAAAAACAUCAACCAGAUAUAUGAGAGACAAAAUUGCAAUGAAGAGGCCAAUGACCAUUUGAAUAGCCAAUUCAAUGAUGAUCAAAGCAACUUUGAAUUUACUCAGCUCUAUGGGUUUCACUUGAAUGAUCCUUUCUGGAUCACCAAUCCAGAAAAUUUGCCACAUUACCUCAGUUCACCAAGUGAUGAAGCGACUCCAAAAUCUCACAUGAAUCGCGAUUCGAAGAAUCAGAGCAGCACC